CUGUAGUCCUCGUGGAGGUCCCACCCCUGAUUGGAAUGACCUGCAGCUGGUGAAAGGCAAGCUUCACACUUAACCUGCGAGUCACCAAAGAAGCACCCCACUAUGUGAGAACUGUGGUUUCUGAGCUGGUGGAAGAUGGCAAUGAUAGCAGUUUGGGCAGCAGUGCUAGUGGCAUAUGGAGCCUCUAUAGGAUUUACAAAGAGCUAUGCAGAACCCAGUUUAAUAGUGCCACUGGAUUUAGCUCCGAACGCUGUAGAUGACAUGUACACCGGCUGCACAGACAAGAUGGAGUACAGAGUAAAGAAGGAGUACCUGCAGUAUGAGAGAAACAAAGAUAAAAACUUCACUGUGGCCUGGGGGGAAGCAGAAAAAUACUACAACAAAAAAUGGAAGCGUAAGAAGCGACCUUCCACCUCCCUGGGAAAAGAGCAGAUUAUGGCUCUUUAUGUUUAUACCCUCGACAAACCAAACAUCUAUAUAGAUUUCAACAAAGCAGUUCGAACUCAGAGAUCUCAGUACAAGACCACAUUCAAGUAUCACACACUUCACUUCUUCCUGACCGACGCCCUUCAAACCCUCAACGCUCGUAAACCAGAUGCAGAGCGAUGUCUCACUGGAUACCGCAGAGUCGACCGAUACUUCCGCCAAGAUGUUCUCAACAGGGAGAUUCGCUUUGGUUCUUUUACCUCCAGCUCAAUGGGAUGGUACUCCAGCGCUGACCGAUUUGGAGACAAGUCAUGCUUUGAGAUUGUCACAUGCUCCGGAGCAGACGUCUCGCUGUACUCUAAGCUCGGGGAGGCAGAGCGAGAAGCCCUGAUUCCUCCGUAUGAAGUCUUUAAAGUGACAAAUGUAAAGAGGAGAUCUGAGCAGAAGAGUCUUCCAUGUGAGGUGGUGUACAAAGUGAAAAGCACCGGGAAAAAUCUGUCCAACACGAAUUGUGUUCUUUUCUGAUAAGUGGUCUCUGACAUUUAACAGUUGUUAUUUGAUGUUAAAACAAAAAAUAAGUGGGCUGGACCAGAAUAGUGAAUUCACAUGUCUUUGGCAUUUGGAUGGUGAUUUGUAGAUAUGUUAAAUAAUAUGCUUUGCUUCAGCUGUUUUAUACCUCUUCUUUUCUUGCAUACAUAAUAUAAAUAAUAAACAUGCAAACAUGUAUGGAGAGAGUAAAAUGACUUGAAUGUGUUUGUAGUUGAAAAGGUCUGAAGUUGUAAACUGAGUAGUAGCCCUUUACGGUGGCGGGUUGCAUAUGCUCAUGUGAAUGAAAAAAGUCCCAAUUAUUUUUGUGUGUGUGUGUGUGUGUAAGCAGCUGAGGUUAUUCUGAGACUAUGUACUUUAUGUAUCCUCCUUAUUUCAGAAAUAUACAUCUACAAUGAUUCACUGUA